CCACAGACUAUAUCAGCCCCAAACUCGACUCCUCCCACUACUUUUUCUUCAUCGAAUUGCUCUCUCCCACUUGCACUACACAGACAUCGACGUCUCUCUGCUUGCUCUUACCCACACGCAUUAGAAGAGCUCAGCAACCGAACUACCCCGCCUAACUCUCAACACCCACACAACCGCCACCAUGUCUGGGGAGACCUUCGAGUUCCAGGCUGAGAUCUCUCAGCUGCUCGGCCUCAUCAUCAACACCGUCUACUCAAACAAGGAGAUCUUCCUGCGAGAACUCAUCUCCAACGCCUCCGACGCCCUCGACAAGAUCCGAUAUGAAGCCCUCUCAGACCCAAGCAAGCUCGACAGCGGCAAGGAUCUCCGCAUCGACAUCAUCCCCAACAAGGAGGCUAAGACCCUCACCAUCCAAGAUAGCGGUAUUGGUAUGACCAAGGCCGAUCUCAUCAACAACCUGGGUACGAUCGCCCGCUCAGGCACAAAGCAGUUCAUGGAGGCGCUGUCAGCCGGUGCCGACAUCUCCAUGAUUGGUCAAUUCGGUGUCGGUUUCUACUCCGCAUACCUCGUCGCCGACCGCGUCACCGUCAUCUCCAAGAACAACGAUGACGAGCAGUACGUCUGGGAGUCCAGCGCUGGUGGCACCUUCAAGAUCACCGAGGACACCGAGGGCGAGCAGAUCGGCCGCGGCACCAAGAUCAUCCUCCACCUCAAGGAUGAGCAGAUGGACUACCUCAACGAGUCCAAGAUCAAGGAGGUCGUCAAGAAGCACUCCGAGUUCAUCUCAUACCCCAUCUACCUUCACGUCCUGAAGGAGACUGAGAAGGAGGUCGAGGAUGAGGACGCCGCCGAGGAGACCACCGAGGGCGACGACAACAAGCCCAAGGUCGAGGAGGUCGACGAUGAGGAGGAGGAGAAGAAGAAGGAGAAGAAGACCAAGAAGGUCAAGGAGUCCAAGAUCGAGGAGGAGGAGCUCAACAAGCAGAAGCCCAUCUGGACUCGCAACCCUCAAGACAUUACCACCGAGGAGUACGCAUCCUUCUACAAGUCCCUCUCCAAUGACUGGGAGGACCACCUUGCCGUCAAGCACUUCUCCGUCGAGGGUCAGCUCGAGUUCCGCGCCAUCCUCUUCGUUCCCAAGCGCGCUCCCUUCGACCUGUUCGAGACCAAGAAGACCAAGAACAACAUCAAGCUCUACGUCCGCCGUGUUUUCAUCACUGACGACGCCACCGACCUGAUCCCCGAGUGGCUCAGCUUCGUCAAGGGUGUCGUCGACUCCGAGGACCUUCCCCUCAACCUGUCCCGUGAGACCCUCCAGCAGAACAAGAUCAUGAAGGUCAUCCGCAAGAACAUCGUCAAGAAGACCCUCGAGCUCUUCAACGAGAUCGCCGAGGACCGUGAGCAGUUCGACAAGUUCUACUCUGCCUUCGGCAAGAACAUCAAGCUCGGUAUCCACGAGGACUCGCAGAACCGCGCUUCCCUCGCCAAGCUGCUCCGCUUCAACUCCACCAAGUCCGGUGAGGAGCAGACCUCGCUUACCGACUACGUCACCCGCAUGCCCGAGCACCAGAAGCAGAUGUACUACAUCACUGGCGAGUCGCUCAAGGCUGUCCAGAAGUCGCCCUUCCUUGACACCCUCAAGGACAAGGGUUUCGAGGUUCUCUUCCUUGUUGACCCCAUUGACGAGUACGCCAUGACUCAGCUCAAGGAGUUCGACGGCAAGAAGCUUGUCGAUAUCACCAAGGACUUCGAGCUUGAGGAGUCCGAGGAGGAGAAGAAGGAGCGUGAGGCAGAGGAGAAGGAGUUCGAGGGUCUCGCCAAGAGCCUCAAGACUGUCCUCGGUGACAAGGUCGAGAAGGUCGUCGUCUCCCACAAGCUUGUCGGCUCACCUUGCGCUAUCCGUACCGGCCAGUUCGGUUGGUCAGCGAACAUGGAGCGUAUCAUGAAGGCCCAGGCUCUCCGUGACACCUCCAUGAGCUCGUACAUGUCUUCCAAGAAGACUUUCGAGAUCUCGCCCAAGUCCGCUAUCAUCAAGGAGCUGAAGCGCAAGGUCGAGGCUGAUGGUGAGGAUGACCGCACCGUCAAGUCCAUCACCCUGCUUCUCUUCGAGACCUCGCUCCUUGUCUCUGGCUUCACCAUUGACGAGCCCGUCCAGUACGCUGAGCGCAUCCACAAGCUCGUCUCUCUCGGCCUGAACGUCGACGAGGAGGUCGAGACCGAGCAAGAGAAGACCGAAGCCGCCGAGGCACCCGCAGCGGCUGGCGAGAGCGCCAUGGAGGAGGUUGACUAAGCGCAUCGCCCAUCUUGACUGGUUUCGAAAAGUUUGGUCGGCGCUCUGAUAUCCCUUUCAUGUGUCAUGGCUUUCUUUCACUUUCUACAUACACCUCACUUGCAUGAUGGACGAAGCUUAAUCUUCGAUGGCGUCUUAGAGUGGUGGUACUUUAUGCAUCACGAGUAAUGGAUAUCCCGAAAUGUAUCUUACGUAGACUUGCCUCUGGGUAGUUUUCAUGAAUGAUGAAAUUUUCAAAUA